AUGGCGGGAGGGUUUCUGCUGGAGAUCAGGCGGGGGACGCAGAGCGCGUUGCUGAUUAUCCGGUACGAAGCGGGCCUGCCGAGCUCGCCGGUGGAUGUUACAGUGGCCGCCGACUGUCUGGAAGUGAGAAGCGGCGGGAGCUGCGAGGCGGCGGCGCUGCCGGCAGAGGUCAGGCUGGCCCCGUCCUCCUGCCGCGGCCUGCGCCGCGUCCCUGGCGACGGCCUGCACCUGCGCAUGCGCCUGCGCCGCCCGCCGCCGAGCGCCGAUUUGGGUUUUACUUUGAGGGAAAGCCUGAAACCCCAGAAGAAUUACAUCUUUUACUGUCAAACCUGUGGUGACAUCAUAGUAAAAGACCGGAAAUUUCUCAGAGUUCUUCCUCUACCAAGUGGAAACUGGAGUGCUUUAGUUGAAGAGUGGUGUUGUCACCCAGACCCGUUUGCCAGAAGCACUUUGCACCCUCAGCAUGAUGACUGUUUUCUCGGAGACACUUUUUUUCUGUUGAGUUCAGGAAAUGAAUCACAUGUGCCUGAAUCUUCCAUGUGCUGCUCAGAGUCUGGACACUAUGCUUCUCAGAGUGGCUCCAACUUGAAAUCAAAGGAAAAUACCAGAGUAAUUUGUAAGCGCUGCAAGACCAUGCUGGGAGAAACAGUAUCAUCAGAUACCAUUAAAUACUAUGUCACCGAGGUGAUUAUUCGGCCGUCUGAGGGACGUUUCAGCAUAACACCAAGGUCUCAAUUCGUACAGAGCAUGAUUGCUCAGUGUCUUGUGGAAUUGUCCUCUGCUAAAAGCACGUUUAGAUUCACCAUAAAAGGGGAUAAUGGAAAAAUCUAUAUUCUGAUAUGGCUUUUAAAUUCUGACACAUUGCUCGUGGAGUCUUUAGGAAGUCCUUCCUCCCACAGUGUUUUUACACUAUUUGGAGAUAAUUUCAUACCUAGCUCUGGACCAGUGGAGACCUGGAAUGCUGUCAAAGUCCUUUACCAGCCGUGCAUUAAAAGCCGGAAUAAGGACCUUGCUGAUGCAUGGGAAAAUGAUAUUGGAGUUCAUCCUUUAAAGUUUCCAUCAGAAACAUGUUUGGAAUUACUGCUGAUACUGGGUUUGAGUACUGCCUCUCUGCCACCUUCACUUCGAUGCAUGAACUCUUUUCAGGUUGCCUUUUUGAAGAUGUGAAGAACGCAGAUACAUUUUGAAAACUAUUCUGAAAUUCAUUUUCAGCAGAAAUGUACAGAUAACUUCCAGUGGUGUGACUUCGAGGACAAAAUCUACUGGCAAUAAAAAACAAAAUGGGGGUGUGGUGUGUUAUUUUUCAUAUCUGGAUGUGUUUCAAAACCAAAGACGGAGUUAACUUUUGCAUCCGGUGCAUUCUUAGAUGUCAUUC